UCGCCUUUUUAUACACACACGCUUUGUUAUCACAGCUGAAUAACAAAACAAAACAAAACAAAACAAAACCCAUAAUUCACACAACCCCAAUCAGACUUUCCUCUGCAAUUUCUUCAAAAAGUGAGAUGGCAAAGAGUUUAUUUAAGCAAGAACAUGAUCUUGAGAAGAGACGGGCCGAGGCUGCUAGAAUUAGGGAUAAAUAUCCUGAUAGGAUUCCGGUGAUCGUUGAGAAAGCGGACAGAAGCGAUGUUCCCAAUAUCGAUAAGAAAAAGUACCUUGUUCCAGCUGACUUGACAGUAGGUCAAUUCGUGUACGUAAUUCGUAAAAGGAUUAAGCUAAGUGCAGAGAAGGCUAUUUUCAUAUUUGUUGAUAAUGCAUUGCCACCAACAGGGGCAAUCAUGUCUGCAAUAUACGAAGAAAAGAAAGACGAAGAUGGUUUCCUUUAUGUUACUUACAGUGGAGAGAACACGUUCGGCUGGAACAACUAGUGCAUUAUUUACUUUCCCUGUUUAUGUGUUCCAUCAACAACUUUCUAAGACGGUACUAAUUUGUAAAUAAUAAUCCAAAUCCUGCUGUUUUAUCUUUGUUAAUAAUCUCCUGCUAAUGAUUUGAUGUUCUUUAA